AUGAGCAAGCGUGACUACUUCUUGCAGAAAGGUCUGCAAGUGCAGCGCCUUGAUGAACAGAUUUCCUCCACCCCUACUAGCGGAAUUGCCUCUCGCGAAGUGGCCAAAUACCGCGAGUUGUGUCCACCCGCCACCCCAGACAGUCUAAUUCAAAAAUUAAUCGGGCAGUGCCAGGGCGACGCGCAGCGCAUGGAGAACGUUAUCAGUGAGUUAUGGGAGGACUAUCGCGGCAAUGAUCAGGAUGUUUGGGCCACGGUCUCAAAGAAGAACACGAAAAAGAAGCUCGAACAAUCACACAUAUCGUCCCAACGCUCUAACUCGAAGAUACAACAUCAUGAGAAUCGAGGGGAUGUGACGCAAACUGGAGACACACAGCAUCUUAGGUCAUCGGAGCGUUUAUCCACUCGAGGCCGUGGUGGUAUACGAGGACGCGGUUCAGUUUUGUCACGGGGUGGCCGCGGCGGUCGUGGUCGCGGUGGUGCUGUCGUCGCUACUGGAAGCACACGUGGACUUCGUACUGAUGAAAAUGAAGAAGAAAGCCCAGAAAACGACACGAACUCUUCUAACAGCAUAUACGACUCUCAGUCCUCAAAAACUUCCAAAUACUCGAAGAGCGAGCGUGGAAAUAAAACGACUAUUAAAGCGACCACGCAGUCUGCUGCUCAAGUACCUCCUGUCGUGUAUCCGGUUCUGACCGGCGCAUGGACGAAAAAGCUGAACGUUUCAAAGGCCACCAUAAUGUCGAAGCCUGUAGAAUAUAAUUCCACAACCACAUCUGCACCUGAAGCGGCGACAAAAGCUCUUGAAAAAGUGAUUAUUUCUGCUCCCGAAACUGAUGGUGCUGUUGUUAAGGUUGCGGCAGAGAAGGCUCCCAGCCCUAAGAAGAAGGCUCAACACGAGACGAACAAAAAAACACAGAUAUUUAGCAGCUCGAAUGUCGCCGAAGAAACAACACCUGCCGAUGAAUCUUUGAAUGCCAUGGAGAAAGUGUCCAGCUCGAAAGCUUCGCCUAAAAAGUCAUUAGAGAAGGAGGUUAAAAGUGUAGAGACUUCAGUGGAAGCUACUUCCUCGAAUAUUGCCACCGGAUGGGGUGCUCUAGAUGCAGCUUCUGCAACAAUGAACAAGUGGUCUGCUUCUGUACCGGUUGCAUCCACUGACUCCACGAAGGUCUCAACUUCAAGCACUUGGGCGCGUGGAAGCCCUACUCUUUCCCCACCAGCAAGCAAACUUGUGACUCCAACGCCAAAGUCUCCGGUUGCUGAAACAAGACCGACGGUAAUGCCAGGUUCUCCAAAGGAUAUUGAGGCGCCUCGUUCGACAGGAUCGGCUUCAACGAGCCCUCGUCCAUACCUUAAGAUGGGAAAAUGGGACAGUGCUGCAACACCAAACCUAUCGCUCCAGUUUGGAAGCUUUUCGCUUAACGGCGUUGAGUCGUACGAGCCUUCUUCGCCAGUUAGCUGGUCUUCAACGACCAAAACUACUGCGACAACUACAUCAAACAAGGGUGUCAAAUCUAUUACGAAAAGCACGACAACCCAAAGUGGUUGGGGAGCUUCCACUACUCCACAAAAAUCGUUAUCUCCAGAUCAUGGCGAUGAGCCAGAGCAUUCUCAGGAGAAUACUGUCGCGAAAACUACAGCGUCGGCACCUCCAGGACUAUCGGUAGACUCAGGCCGGGAGACGCCAACUGCAAGUCAGUCCCCAAGGUAUGCGCCUUCAGCUCCGUCACCUGCAUCUCUUCCCAAGCCCGAUGAGGUUAAGCGCAAUACCCCUACGCGUGCUCAAGGAAGCUCAUUUCAGACUCAAGGAGGAGCUUCAACUCAGACCAACAAAAUGAACAUUGGCUACGGCACGGGCUUAUAUCAAGCUUCAUAUGGUACAUACUCGAUGGAUCUCGGUCGGUCUUCUGCUAACUCGACGCCAAGUCAGCUUUCUGCUGGAGGAACUCCGAAGACCACCAGUGUUCGUGGCGGUGCUGUGUCUCAAGUUGCAGUUCAGUCUCCAUCCCUUGGGCAGCAGCCUCAGAUGCAGCAAGUUUCUUUGCAACAACAAUCUCAGCAGCAACACCAGCAACACCAGCAACAGCCGCAACAACAAGGCCAGCAACAAACUCAACAAAAGCUGGUACAGCAGCAACAGUCUCAUCAGAUCCAGCAGAUCCAGCAGAUCCAGCAAAACCCAGCUCAACAGCAACCAGCGGCCCAAAUGCAUCAACAAGCCCAGGUCGGCAUGCAGCAGGGUUACCAUUAUGCUCCGCCUCCUCCACCUGGCAUGGCACUUCCAUACAACCCAUACAACUACCCUGGUUACUACCAAGGAUAUGGCUACUACCAAAACCCACAGUUUACUCAGUAUAGCCCACGCACCCAAUACCCCCCGCGCGGCAAUAUGCCGUAUGGAGUUGAGGGUCCAGUGCCGGGAUUCUCGAAUCCGCCAAAUAUGCCCUACCAGGACCAGCACAUGAUGGCUCAGCAGCAUGAGUAUGCUGGCGCUUCACCUCAAGGAUUUGGUGAGAUUAACACCGCGUACAUGCAGCAGGCGUCAAUACAGCAGCAAGGUGGUCAUCUAAGUCACCACGGUCACCAAAAUGGUCUGCAAGCCCACGGCAAGGGAGGCUCAGGAUCUGUUGCUAUUUCUCAGCAGUCGCACGGACAGCGCGGUAACGCCAACAUGCAGAGCUAUGGAAACGCCGGGGGCCGUGAUCAUGUCACGCCACCGGCAACUAUGGAGGGCAACCAGUCGGUGGAUGGGGCCACAUGA